AUGCCCAAGGACAGGGAAUACAAGCUAAAGCAAACGGCCAGAUGCCGCCGGGAUACGCACACUCCUAUAGCCUCAGGCGAAGCAUAUAUGGAUAAGUGGAGAGGUUCCUUUGCACAAACUCAACUUGAAAAGUUUGGUUGGGAAAGUGGUGAAGGUCUUGGUAAAAACAGAGAAGGCAACGUCAAACAUAUCAGCGUCUCUGUCAAGAACGAUAAGAAAGGUGUCGGUGUCAACGGUAGUCAAUGGGAAUUUGCAUGGUGGGAUCACCUGUACAACAAAAGUGCCAGUUCAGUUGUUGUUGCUAAAGAAGAAGGUGAAAUCAAAGUAGCCACCAAGACCAAGGGAGACACACGUCGUUCAAAGACAGGCAUUAUUUCAACAGAGCGACCUACAGGCAAAUCAGUGCAACCAGAAUCGGAUGGUACAUUAUCGUCUAUGGCAGAUCAACGCAACAUGAUGGACUCCGUUAAAGAUAUUCAUAUCAAUAUUGCUCAGCGUGUAGCCAGUGCUUCCUUAUAUGGCUCUUUUGUCAAGAGUGCAAGCACCUCUGCUGUAGCCACCCCUACUUUAUCUGACAAGGAAGAGGAUGAUGAAUUAAAAGAUUAUUCUAUCAAAGUGUCUGAUGCAGACUUGUUUGCUGCUUGUGAAGGUCGUACUGCUCGAAAGGGUGGUCGUGGAUUAGUGGAUCAGACAGGUAAAUUCAAGCGUGUAAUGAAAGAUUUCGUAAGACCUGUGGAUCCUGAUGAACAAGUGGAUGAAAAGAAGAAAAAGAGUAAAAAGAGAAAGCAUGAUAAUGAAGAUGAUGAUGAAAAGAAAGUAGCCAAAAAAGCCAAGAAAGCCAAGAAAGAAGCCAAAAAAGCAGAAAAAGAAGCCAAAAAAGUAGAAAAAGAAGCCAAAAAGGCAGAAAAAGAAGUAAAGAAAGCUGAAAAGAAAGCCAAAAAAGAAUCCAAGAAAGCAAGCAAGAAAGAGGAAAAGAACAAGGAUUAG